UGCUACUUCCCCAAUGAUCGUCUACAGUCCAGUAGUCAACUUUCGCGGUAAGUGGCGGUUGUGAAAAUAGGAGUAGGGUGGUUCAUAAUUUUAACAUUUCAUAUUUACACGGAACGAACAGCAAGGUAGAAUCAAAAAUGGGGGAUUUGUACGCCCUAGAUUUCGAUGGUAUUAUCUGCGAUAGUUGUGGCGAGAGUUCUCUUUCUGCUGUCAAGGCCGCCAAAUUUCGAUGGCCAGGUCUAUUCAAUGGCGUUGAUUCUUCCAUGGAAGACUGGAUUGUUGACCAAAUGCAUAUUGUGCGACCUGUGGUUGAAACAGGAUAUGAAAAUCUGUUGCUUGUGAGGUUGCUGUUGGAGAUCAGAAUCCCUUCCCUCCGUAAAUCUUCAGUUGCAGAGGGGCUAACCAUUGAAGGCAUACUUGAAAACUGGUCCAAACUAAAACCAGUUAUUAUGGAAGCAUGGGAUGAGAAGGAUAACAAAGAUGAGCUAAUAGAACUGUUUGGGAAGAUCAGAGAUGAAUGGAUUGAGAAGGACCUGGCUACAUGGAUUGGUGCUAAUAGACUGUAUCCUGGGGUUUCAGAUGCUCUGAGAUUUACUACCUCCAAGAUAUACAUUGUUACUACAAAACAGAGCCGAUUUGCAGAUGCACUGCUGCGAGAACUUGCUGGUGUAACUAUAACACCUGAAAGAAUUUAUGGACUUGGGACUGGUCCAAAGGUGGAGGUGCUUAAGAUGCUUCAGAAACAACCAGAACAUCAGGGGCUUUCUCUACACUUUGUGGAGGAUCGACUUGCUACUCUUAAAAAUGUCAUAAAAGAGCCAGAAUUGGACGGCUGGAACUUGUAUCUAGGUGACUGGGGGUAUAAUACCCAGAAAGAAAGGGAAGAAGCAGCAAGUAUUCCAAGAAUCCACAUGCUUGAGCUGUCAGAUUUCAGUAAGAAGCUAAAAUAGAUCCACAAAUUAAGUUGAAUAUAGCUACAUGUGUUGUCUUGUUCAGCGCAAUUUUUGCACAUUAUUUCUUCACAUGAAACACGAAAUCCAUGAUCAUUCUGUAGAAAUACUUAUUUGUACUACAGUUCAAAUCUGCAAAAUGCCAAUUUCUUUAUUAUAAUAUACUCCUUAUUCCAAUUU